CCGUACAGUCACUAUCUUCACAAGUGAGUUAAAAAUGGCGGAAGCACCACCGUGGCCCAGCCGGUUCUUCUGUCACCGGUGCUCAGCCGAGAUAAACCCCCGCCUCCCCGACUACACGUGUCCCAGAUGUGAGUCUGGCUUCAUCGAGGAGCUCCUUGAGGAGGGAAGCGCUGAAAACGGUUCCUCUGCCAGCAUCACCAGCGGGGCCCAGAACCCUCUGGCCUUCGAGAACGUGGAACCCCAGCAGAUGUUCCCCCUCCCUCCGGGGUUUGGCCAGUUUGCACUGGGGCUGUUUGAUGAGCCGGUGCUAGAAGAUAACCGCGAGGCAGAGAACCGCCGGGAGAGGGAGAUGGUGUCACGGCAACGCUACAGCGCAAGGCAACCACGGGUUCGCCAUGGUGCAAGGAGGCAGAUCGGGAGGCAGGAGGGCGUGCCCACACUGGAGGGAAUAAUUCAGCAGCUGGUGAAUGGAAUCAUUGCGCCUACGGCCAUGCCUAAUAUGGGCGUGGGGCCUUGGGGGGUGCUGCACUCCAACCCUAUGGACUACGCCUGGGGGGCCGGUGGUCUGGACGCCAUCAUCACACAGCUGCUGAACCAGUUUGAGAAUACAGGCCCUCCUCCAGCUGACAGGGAGAAGAUUAAGACCCUGCCCUGCGUCCACAUUACAGAGGAGCACGUUUGCUCAGGUCUAGAGUGUCCUGUGUGUAAGGAAGACUACAGCACAGGAGAGACAGUCAGGCAGCUUCCAUGUAACCACCUGUUCCACAAUGACUGCAUCAUCCCCUGGCUGGAGCAGCAUGACACAUGUCCUGUGUGCAGGAUGAGUCUGAGUGGACAGAACACAGCCAUGAACCCACCUGGACUAUCAGGAAUGAACUUCACUUCCUCCUCCUCUUCCUCUUCCUCCACUCCUCCGUCCUCUAGCUCCACCAGUCAGGACAACUCUACAGACUCCUAAAAACCUCCUCUGCCUGCCUCACCCAUGACCGUGUCCCCCACCCUCCCCCUGUCUGACCCCAACUGGGGGAAGGAUGCCCAGGCCUGGAGGGUUAGGGCUUGGAGGGUUAGGUCUAGGAGGCCUGGAGGGCUAGGGCUGGGAGGCCUGGAGGGUUAGGUCUAGGAGGCCUGGAGGGGUAGGGCUGGGAGGCCUGGAGGGUUAGGGCUGGGAGGCCUGGAGGGUUAGGUCUAGGAGGCCUGGAGGGCUAGGGCUGGGAGGCCUGAAGGGUUAGGGCUGGGAGGCCUGAAGGGUUAGGGCUGGGAGGCCUGGAGGGUUAGGGCUUGGAGGCCUGGAGGGCUAGGGCUGGGAGGCCUGAAGGGUUAGGGCUGGGAGGCCUGGAAGGUUAGGUCUAGGAGGCCUGGAGGGGUAGGGCUGGGAGGCCUGGAGGGUUAGGGCUGGGAGGCCUGGAGGGUUAGGUCUAGGAGGCUUGGAGGGCUAAGGAUGACAGGCAGGCAGACAGACGUACUUCCCCCCAGGACCCCCUAACCUUCAGACCCCUGUCCUGUGUUGGGGUGACGGGCUGGACCCGGCCUCCUGCAGGAGGAGGAGUAAGAGGAGGAAUGUGGAAGUGUUUUCGUGGCUGGAUGGGAUAUGAAACAGGACAGUGCUGCUGUUGAACACCUUUUAGUAUGGUUGUCUUCAGAGCAAGACUCUGUAGUUAUUUUUCAUCCAGAUGAUUUUUUAAACGACUGUGUGGCUGCUCAGAAAAGAAGAAAGCAAAGUCCAGGUUGUGAUUAUUAACCUGUCAAGUUUUUAAGUAGCGGUCGCAAGUGCUCAGUUCAAAGUCUUAAUUGAUUGAGAUGUUGACUAUUAUACAAUGUAUGUUUGUUCAGUAUUUAAAAAAUGGAAAACAUAUUUGUACCCUCUCUCCCUACACAAACACACACACACACACACGUGCACUCAAACAUAAACAACAGCUAGCUGGAUGAAGGGGAAGAUGAGCUUCGUUUGGCCUCUGGGUGGUUUUCACAUCUGCAUAGUUGUCAUCAUGUAUAAUUUCACUAGAUUAAAGACAUUUUUAUUAUCAA